CAAUCCGCCAGGAUGGCAACUGGAAGCGGUUCUGGGGAGGCUGCGAAGUUGCAGCGGCAUCUGGACCUGUUGCGACAAGAGUAUGUCAAGCUGCAGCAAAAGCUGGCAGACUCAGAACAGAAAUAUGCUGAACUGGCUGCCGCAUCAGGUCAUCUGAGACAAGACCAUUUUGUGUCUCGUCUGAUGAGGACUGUAGAGGAGCUAUUUGAUAGGAAAUUAUACAGUGACAUUAAUAUCAGCAUGGAUGGACAGACGUUGUUUGGUCAUCGAUUUGUGUUGAUUGCAAGAAGUGAUCACUGGUGUGAUGGCAAUAUCAAUGAUAUUGAAGAGCUAGACCUCCCAGGUUUGAGUUAUGAUGUAGCGUAUGCCAUGAUACGAUGGGUUUACACGGACAAGUUGGAGUUGGGACCAGACAAGGAUCAGGACUUUGUUGUGAAGUUACUAGCUGCAGCUGACAAAUACCAACUUAUGGGUUUGAAAUUGAGAUGCGAGAAACGGCUGAUGUCAACUGUGACAGUUCGUAAUUGUGUCAAACUCUUUCAAUUAGCAACUGAUUCCAAAGCCAAUGAACUGCGAAAAUAUUGUCUAGAAAUGAUCAGUAAUCACUGGGAUGAGUUGGACACAGCAAUGUUUGCUGACAUGAGUGCACCUCUUCUGUAUGAAAUGUUUAAGGACAAGAGUCGUUAUCCACUGCAUCUAGCAAUUAAGCAUAAAAGAGAAGAUGUGGAGUUUCUGUUCCUAAUAGAGUUCAAUUCAGAGCUUCCAAGCAAACUAAAUGAAAGAAAUGAAAAUGGAGAACUACCAAUCUAUCUUGCUCUGAUCUCACACAAUGAAAGUGUUGCAUCUCAACUAGUCAGUCAUGGCUGUAAUAUUGACAUGCCAGACAGUGAUGGUCGAUGCUUGCUGCACGAUGCUAUUACAAGAGGAGACCAUUUCUCUGCCACAUUUUUGAUCAAGAAUGGAGCUGGUGUUAGCAAAGCAAUCAUUUCAACAAAGAAAACUCCACUUCACUUGGCAGCUUCAUACAAAGUGCAGAACGACUCAAGCAGCUUUGAUGACAUGAAGGAAGUGAUGAAGCUGUUGCUAGAGAAGGGAGCAAACCCAAAUGCCCAAGAUAUGAAUGGAUACACUCCACUGCAUCAUGCUGUGUUAUCUCGUAAUUCAUUAAUGUUUGACCUACUGCUGCAGCAACCAAAUCUUAAUCUUGAAUUGCGAGAUGACCAAAAUCGCACCUUGUUGUGGCUUGCUUUGCUGAUGGAAAGUGAAUUAGAAAAAUCAAGGGGCACAUCAUCAUUUAAUGAUUCAAGCUAUGCAAAGCAGCUGAUGAAUCGAGGAAGUAGCCCAGAUGCUGUCAAUCAUCACACAGGGAACUCUCUUCUUCACAUUUCAGCAGAAGAAGGGUUUGAAGCUGCAGGCAUUUUUCUAGCAUCACACGGUGCUGACCCAAACAGAAUGAAUCAACGAGGAGAAACUCCACUACAUAUAACUGCAGCUAAAGGUCUUGCACAACUCACUGCUGUCUUGCUGACUAAAGGUGGUAAUCCUAAUGCACAGAUGCACAGAGAUCCGUCUGUGUCAUUGGAUGUUGAUGCCGAUAUGGAGGAACUGAGCAGCUUGACUGACAAAGUGAAAUGUCUAAGUCGUGAGGACAGUAUUGUUGGUACUGGUCUCUCACCAGUUCAGAGUGAAGAUUUUCAAAUCCAAUUUGAUCUUCCGCGGCCAAAUGCAAUAGCAAUGACAAGCACAAAUCCAUUUGAUUUCGGAGAAAUGGCACAAGCAGUUGCUAGUUUGAAUCCAUUUGACUCACCUAUCACUGCAAGGGCUUCUAAUAAUCCAUUUGAUUCACCUGUGACUUCUCCUGUUGUUGCUCAGCGUGAGAAACAUGAAAGUAGAAAUCUGUUACCAGACAAGAAGGAACCAUUACCUAUUCAUCAAUCUCAACAAACGCUUGAUGGUGAUCCUCGUAUGGCAAUGGUAAAUCACUUGUCUACUGUUGUGAAGGGAAUUCCGCGAUUGCACAGUUCAUGUAAGGCUCCAUUGCAUCUUGCAGUACAAAACAAACAUCAAAAAGUUGUUGAAGUACUCUUGCAGCACAAAGCGAAUGCAAGUUCUCCUGGAUAUCUUGCAUUAGAUGUCAACAUAAUGGAUGGAGAAGAACAAUCAGCUCUUGGGUUGGCCUUGUGGACAUCUCAACUAAAUAUUGCAGAAAUGCUAGUUGCAGUAGGAGCAGAUAUUGAGUCACGAACACGCCAAGGCCUUACUCUUCUCCUGCAGGCAAUCCUAAGACAGGAUGCAGAUAGUGCAGAUUUUCUUCUUCAGAGGAAUGCAGAUUACAGUGCCAGUGCCUUUGACAUGUCAGCUUUGCAGCUGGCCAUUCACCUUCAUCUUCCACAUGUUAUGGAGGUGAUUUGUAAACAUGGUGCUGACAUUAACAAGGUUGACCAGAAUGGUGACCCACCACUUUGGGUAGCACUGAACAGCAAACAAGAAGACAUAGCAUCGAUACUGAUUCGAAAUCGUUGUGAUCCCAAUGUCUGGCAUUUGGCAUCUGGUGGCUAUAUGCGCACUCUUCUUCAUCGUGCUAUUGAGAUUAAAGACUCAGCAGCAGCCACCUUUCUUAUCCAGCAUGGAGCAGACUUCAACCAGCCUCGACAAAUCAAUCCAGUUCAUGACACAACAUCAAGCACUGUUCCCACACCAACACCGUCAGAGGCCACUGAUGGUAGGUUGCCAUUGCAUAUGGCAACUGCAUCAGGUCUGGACUUAGUUGUACAGACACUAAUGGAGCAUAAUGCAGAUGUCAAUGCAAAGGAUUCUGCAUGUCGAAGUCCAAUGCAUGUAGCCAUUGUUAACAAACAUCACAUGUGUAUGCACCUCUUGAUGAGUCAUCCAAGUCUUGACUUGACUAUUAGAGACAAAACUGGUAGCUCACCAUUUGCUACCGCAAUGGCUAUUAGAGAUAAUGAUGCUGCUAAUACAAUACUUUCUCGUGAACCAAAUGCAGCACAUCAGAUUGAUUCUAAAGGAUACAGUUUUAUGCACACAGCCAUACAACGCAAUGAUGUUGAAAGUGUGCUAUUUCUUAUGAGCGUUGGGGUUUCGGUGAAUACUCGGCUGCAGAAUGCUACUGAACUGACUCCGCUUCACAUGGCGGUAGAGGGCGGUUCAGAAAUCAUCUGCCGACACUUGCUAUUGGCUGGAGCUGAUGUUCAUGCCACUAAUCACCACAAGCAGACACCAUUGCAUAUUGCAGCAUCUGAAGGACAGGCUGCUAUCCUUAGAAUUCUUCUUGAAAAUAGUGGUGAUCCGAAUGCCCUCGAUGACAAUCUCAACAACGCCCUACAUGUUGGUGUCUACUUUGGACAUCUUGCAGUAGUCAAGACACUUCUCAUUGAGUCAGAUGUCGACGUAAGAGCUGUGAAUAUGAGAGGACAAACUCCUCUUCAUAUGCUGGGUGAUCAUGCAAAGGACAAUGCUGCAGUGAUCUUUGAGACAAUGAUUGAAUGUGCGCCGAGUCUCAAUGUGAAUGUACAGGAUGCUGAAGGAAAUACAUGUCUUCUGCUGGCUUAUAUGAAUGGAGCAAGCAAUCUGUCUCGAGCGUUGAUCAAAGCUGGUGCUCAUGCCGGUAUUCAAAAUCGACAGGGAAUGACUAUUUUCAAUGCCCAAGUUGCAACCAAAAUGCUGUUGUAUCGACUGCUUGACAUGCUUCCCAAGGAACCCGAGUGGCUUGAUGGUAGUACUUGUCAAAACUGUGGUGUUAGCUUUGGCAUCAAGACAAGGAAACAUCACUGCCGCCACUGUGGUCGACUGCUCGAUUCCAAGUGUUGCAGCAAACAAAUGCCCCUCAUCAAGUUUGGUCUCAUGAAACCGGUGCGCGUUUGCAAUGAAUGUUGGGGAGUGUUGACAUCAGCCAAUAGGUGACUUGAUAAGUCACCAUUGUAGGUUAGUUGAUGUACGCUGUGUUGAUUUGUGUUUAAAUGUUGACAAAUGAAUAAGUGUAUGUUGUUGCUAAUACAUGUCUCUACUGGAACAAUGUUUAAAC